AUGGCGAAUCCUCUCAUCCCGUCUCAUCAAGGCGUCACGCACAUAGGGACAAUUAAGAUUGACGCUGCCAAUAUCGACAAAUUCCUCGAAGCGUUUCGAGUAUGCUGGGUGGCAGUCUGCAAAGAACCUGAGUGCGUUUACUUUGACGUCUUUCACUCCCAAACCGAGCCUGGCAAGUUUCAUUUUGUCGAAAUUUGGACUAAAGACAACGACUGGUUUAUGGAGGUGCAGAUCAAAAAGGAAUACUACAAGCCUUACUGGGACAUCACCAGACCAUUAUGGAUAGACCGAGACCUGCAUGCGUACAGUCGUUUGAGCGGUUAUACUUUCGUCGACGACAGGUAUUUAGAGGGCAGUGUCAAGGUCAAAGACGGGCUACAGUAG